ACAUCAGAGACCAGAACAUCAGAGACCAGAACAUCAGAGACCAGAACAUCAGAGACCAGAACAUCAGAGACCAGAACAUCAGAGACCAGAACAUCAGAGACCAGAACAUCAGAGACCAGAACAUCAGAGAACAUCUCAGACAAUACAAUCUUCAGCAUCUCAACCAUCUCUGAACCAUGAAGACCCUGACUGCUCUACUCCUCCUGGGACUGCUCUGCUCCCUCCAUACGACAUCUGCAGGUGUCAUCGCGUUGGAAAUAGCACCUGAAUGCUGUAUGAAAUUCAGCGCGAGGAUCCCUCUUCAACAAGUGGUUUCUCUCAGAACAACCUCCAGUAGCUGCCCUCGCAAAGCACUGAUUUUCACCACAAAGAAAGGGAAGACAUUUUGUGUUGACCCUUCUGAAGCCUGGGUCCAGAGUCAUGUGACCAAGAUUGAGAGCAGACCACAAUGAAGUCAUCAACUACCAUCACCCCCUAACACCCCAACCCUUGUUGGUGCACUAUAAAGGGAAUAGGUUGCCAUUAGUGACGUACACCUUGUCAUGCAUGUCAAUACCCUAUCUGAGAUUGGUAUAGAGGAGGCUCAAUGUAAUAUACUAGGUUAAUAUCCUAUCUGAGAUUGGUAUAGAGGAGGCUCAAUGUAAUAUAUUAGGUUUAUACCCUAUCUGAGAUUGGUAUAGAAUAGGUUCAGUGUAAUGUACUAGGUUAAUACCCUAUCUGAGAUUGGUAUAGAAUAGGUUCAGUGUAAUGUACUAGGUUUAGGAUAUACAAAUUGUUUAUUUUUCUAAAACUGUAAACAUAUUUGACAUGUAACCUAUUUAAUAUUUUAUAAAGCCUUUGAAGAUUUCAAACAUCC